AUGGCAUCUUGCGACCCUUUAAUUCGCGAUGGUGAACAUUACAUUCAAUGGACGUAUACUUUAUUUGGGACUUGCAUAUAUGGAAAGCAAGAGAUGACUAGCAUUUUAUUCGGUAAUACUUUGGAAUUUAGGGAUAUGAGCGUUUCUUUAGUUCUGGUCUGCCUUUGUUAUUUAUCCAUAUGUUGUUGGUUAAAUGCCCAAAUUCCGCAAAUUUUGAAAAAUUAUCGAAAUAAAUCAGUUGAUGGACUUAGUUUACCAUUUAUGUUGAAUUGGUUGUUGGGUGAUAUAGCCAAUCUAUUUGGAUGUAUACUAACGAAUCAAUUACCAUUUCAAAUAUACCUCGCCAUGUAUUUUUGUGUCGUCGACCUUGCAUUAUUCUAUCAAUAUUUUUACUAUAAUUGGUUUCGUUAUUUAUUGUUCUCAAAUACGAUGCCAGUUAGAUCUUCCUAUACAUUAGAAGAUUCUUUAGAAUUAAGUAUAACCUCAAAACGAACAAAUGAGGCACAUCAAAGAGCUUUUUAUUCAACUUCUACAAUAACUUCCUCGAUCUCUACAUCUCCCUCUUCUCAUAUUUUUGAGCGUGAUAAUGAAAGUGUUGUAGGUUAUAUGGUUCCAUCAAAAUCGUUCUUUGAAUAUCACGCUGAGUCUAUUGGAAGAAUGUUUGCAUGGACUUGUACCAUCUUAUAUUUAACAAGUAGAAUGCCUCAAAUAUGGAAAAAUUAUAAAAGAAAAUCUGUUGAAGGCCUUUCAAUUUUUAUGUUCAUAUUUGCUGCAUUAGGAAACUUUACGUACACUGUUUCAAUAUUUACAAACCCAUUGGUACACACGAAUUCUACUUAUCUAAAAGAAAGUUUCCCUUAUGUAUUAGGUUCUAUUGGUACCUUAGUAUUUGAUCUAACUAUAUUUGUACAAUGGUAUUAUUGGAAGAAUCGUGUUUCCUUUGGAUUAGGUAAAGAAAGUGUUGAUAAUGUUGAAUAUAGUAGACUAUCACUCGGUGAUGAUGGAUUUAGAAAUAGUUUCGAUGAAAAUGAUAGAGAUUUUGAUGAUUUUUA